UGCACGUGCGCGCGCGCACACACAUUGAGAGUGCUCCUCCAUAAAUAGACGUCGGAGCGCGAGAGACGACAACAAACAACAGUUUGACCGCCAAACUUCCGCCGUGAAUUUGACCGUUUUGAGUUGUUUUCAAUGGAGCGUGGAGAGUACGGAGCUCCGGAGAAGAGACGCAGGAGACGCUGCCUGAUUCUAACUGUGGUCGCUGUGCUGCUGCUCAUUGUUAUUAUCGCCAUCGUGUUGGGACUGACGCUCCGGAAAAACACUGACACAUUUAAGUCAACAUUCACUGCAAGGUGUGAAAAGUUUGAAGGAUACGACUGUGAAAAGGUCUGGGGUGCAUUUGAAGAAGCCUAUGUAGGGCGGGACCCUUGUAAAGUUCCACCAGGAGCCUAUGACCCCUUCAUUGCUGCAGCCCCUUUGAAACCUGCCUGCAACAGAAUGAUGUUCUGGAGCAAAACAAAGGAUGUGGUCCAUGACUUUACUGAGAAGAAAGAUUGUUUUAUCACUGUGGAGGACACUCUGAUGGGAAAUGUGCUGGAUGGUCUGACCUGGUGUGGGAAGGAGGGCAGCAGUGAAACAUUCACUACCAGCUGCCCAGGAUGGACAGACUGUGAGAACAACACUGUUCGCUCAUUCUGGAACAGAGUGUCAACUGCGUUUGCAGAUGCUGCCUGUGGUGAUGUCUCAGCAAUGUUAAACGGCUCCAUCGAUACACCAUUCCAUCCUAAAAGCCCUACGGCCAGUUUAGAGUCAGUGUCUUUGGACUGUGAGAGGAAACUGGAGCACCCGCAGAAAACCCACACUGACACAGGGGCGAACUCCACACAGAAGAGCUCCAAACCAUGAGUUUGAACCAGCAACCCUCUUGCUGUGAGGCAAUAAUGCUAACCAAUGCGCCACCGGGCCGGUGUCAGGUAAUGCGUAGAUUAACUCCUAUGUAUGGAAGCCCAUUUCUGCCAGCAUGAUGAAAAAAUAGUCCUGUAUGUCAUUAUGAAAUGCUUGAAAUAAUAAGUUAAUAUCUUUAAAUAAUGAGAAACUUUCUCAAAAUGAUGACUUGCAGUAUUAUCUCAAAAUAAUGAGAAGUGUUCCAAAGUAAUGAGUUAAUAUCUCAAAAUAAUGACUUAGUAUUGCAAAAUAAUGAGAAUCUUUUGCAACAAAAUUACUUAGUAUCUCAAAAUAAUUAGAAACUCUCAAAAAUAAUGACUUAAUAUCUCAAAAUAAUAAGAGACUUUCUCAAAAUUAGUUAAUAUCUCAAAGUUAUUAUUUAGAAUCUCAAAAAAAGAGAAACUUUCUCAAGAUAAGAAGUUAGUGUCAUGAAAUAAUGACUUAGUAUUAUUUGUGAUACUAAGUUAUUAUUACAAGAAUGUUUCUCAUUAUAAUGACUUACAGGAUCUUUUUUCAUCACACUGGCAAAAAUGGGUUCACAUCAUUUCUCUAUUCAUUGUUGAGUCAAUAAAACAUCAGAAAUUGUACAAAAUAAACACUAUGAUCUCCUAAAGCCAAAGUUAUGUCAGACCACCCCAAAAGCAAACUCAGUCAACUAUUAAGUCAUUAGGAAGACUGUGAGGAUACUGAGUGAACCAGACCAACUGCAAUUCUAGCUCUGAAACUGUGUUUUAAAUUCUGCAAUUUGCUCUGUAAAAAAUACGAAACAUAAUAAAAGUAUUUUACAUUCUGGGCUUAUAUUAGUUUUAGGUGACUGAUGUUUCAGAUGCUCAUCUAGCAAACACCAACACAAUAUUUUUUGAUGCCUUCACAUUCCUACAUUAUUGAUUUUGUGGAUUAAAUAUAUAUUACCAACAAUCUUUUAAAUAAUCAUGUUUGUGCUUUGAGGUUUUUUAGAUGUGCAGAUUUCUUCAGGAUUUUGUUCUCUGACCACUUUCUGUUAACAUUACGUGAGUGGACAAAAAUAUUAGGGCACUCUGCAGCAAGAGAAUAAAUCUGUGUGAUUAUGAAACAUUCUUUAAUUAACACUUUAGGAGUAAUUUACAACAGAGUGCUGUGCACAGCAGAAUACAAAGAUAAAAAUGAAAGUGCAGUAUUACUUCAUGUACAAUCUGGAAAUCCAUUGGUAAAAAAAAAAAAAAAUUCUUUCUACAAUGUAAAUUGCAGAAUCUGUCUUGAGAGAUUACUUCAUGUAUAGUCAGUGUGUAGUGGUGGUUGUAUUUGGUGAUUUCAUGUUCAAUAAUUAAGCCUUUAAAUAAAAUAAAAUGUCAGAUUUAAUUCUUUUAUAUCAAGUAUUAAAUCCUGUACAUGAACUUUUUAGCUGAGUAAAUUCU